UUUCGUUUCUCGAUCUCUCACUCCAUCGUUCACCUCCAUGGCGAUUUAGGGCUUCAUCCUAUCGCGGUCGUUCGUGAUUUUCUGAUCAGUUUCAAGUUGUUCGCUUGUUGUCUUUGUUGCCGGAAUCUUCUCUCGCACUUUCCCAUUGAUCUCAUGGAUGAAAAUUCCGAUUUAAUGUCUUUUGUGGAAGAGAAAGAAAAAAUCGAUGAUUUGCGCAACUCUUACCUUGUCGACGCCAGAAACGGCGAAAAGGUGAUGAAGAAGGCGAAGUUGGCGGUGGGUUGGUCGGAUUCGUUGUUGUUUUCUACUGGGGGGUUCGAUUCUCAUCCUUCAUCACAAAUGGGGUAUGAUGGCAAUGGAUUUGGCCCCUAUCUUGUGGGUGCGAUCGAUUCGGAUGAAGUAGUGAUGGAAACUUUAGAAAAUAUGGUUCACCACAAUAUUGAUACUCCUCUGGCUGCGAUUGGGCAUAUUGCUUGGAGGAUAGAAGAAGCACCUAUGCUUACGAUUUUAGUCUUGGAUCUGGUUCGAUGUGUUGGGGCUCAAAGAAGUAAGAAUCCACGGCACUUUCAAUGUCUGAAGUUGAAUUCGUAGCAGCGACAACAUCAACUUGUCAAGCAGUUUGGCUAUGUCGUAUUCUUGAAGAUUUACUCAAGUCCAAUCUGAACCAAUGGAAAUCUUUUGCGACAAUACUGCAACAAUUUCUAUGUCGAAGAAUCCAGCCUACCAUGGAAGGACAAAGCACAUUGAUAUUCGAGUACAUUUUAUUUGAGAUCUUGUGUUUAUGAAUUUAAUAAUUUUAAAGUAUUGCAGUACACAUGAGCAAGUAGCUAACAUCAUAACCAAGUCACUUCCUCGAGAUAAGCAUGUUCACUUCCCGUCGAAGUUUUAUGUUUGCUCUUUUGAAUCAAGAGGGAGUGUUAAGAUAUGAUUCAAAAUUAAAUAGCAUAUUCUAUAAUUAUUAU